UCUUCAUUUUAAUCCCAGGUAACAAAUCAACAAGAUGCAUGCGUUAAUUUGUCUUAUAUUUACUGCCCUGGUAUACGGCACUAAAGGAGCUUCUCAUAUUGUCAAUGCAAAGGAUGCUCCAAUUGGCAAAUUUCCGUACCAAGUGUCAUUGAAUUUCAAUGACAAUCACAUGUGUGGUGGAUCUAUUCUUGAUAAAUAUAACAUAUUAACCGCAGCAUAUUGCGUUAAAAAAUUGAAUCAACAUAUAUAUCUGUCUUAUCUAAAAGUCCAUGCCGGUACAAACUUUUUGGAUGUACCAGGAGCAGUUUAUGAUGUAGAAGAUGUAAGCUUCAACUCUCAAUAUGAUGAGGAAUCAAUCGAUAAUGAUGUCGCUUUGAUUCACCUAAAAAAUCCUAUCACGUACAACAGAUUAGUGCAACCGAUAAAUCUUGUGACAUCCGAUAAAGAACUCGAGGGCAAGCCGUGUACAUUAUCUGGUUGGGGAACUACUUCGGUUAAUGGAAGUAUUUCAAAAAACUUGCAAGAAAUUGAGUUAACAGUUUAUCCACAAGAAGAUUGCAAGAUAGCACAACCGAAAGUGAAAGAUAGCCAUAUCUGCACUGUAACUAAAGCAGGAGAAGAAGCAUGCUACGGUGAUUUUGGUGGACCAUUGAUGGCUAAUGGAGUUCAAAUUGGAAUAGUUUCCUUUAAUCCUUGUGUGCUUGGAACUCCAGUCGUUUACACAAGAGUUUCCAGUUUCAUAUCUUGGAUCAGUACACAUUUGAAAAACAAAAUGAGUGCUUUAGUUUGUCUUGUACUUAUCGCUCUGGUAUACGGCACAGAAGGAGUUUCUUAUAUCGUCAACGGUAAAAAUGCUAAAAUCGGUGAAUUUCCGUAUCAAGUGUCAUUGAAAUAUAAUGAUACCCACAGAUGCGGUGGAUCUAUUAUUGAUAAUUAUAACAUAUUAACCGCAGCACGUUGUGUUCAUGGUCUAGAAAAUUUGGUGAAUAAUCUAAAAGUCCAUGCUGGCACAAACUGGUUGAAUGUACCAGGAGUAGUUUAUGAUAUAGAAAGUGUAAGCAUCAACUCUAAAUACGAUUUAUUCAUUAAUGACAUCGCUUUGGUUCAUCUUAAAAAUCCUAUCACGUACAAGAGAUUAGUGCAACCGAUAAAUCUUAUGACAUCCGAUGAAGGACUCGAGAACAAGCAAUGCACAUUAAUCGGAUGGGGAACUACUUCGGUUGAUGGAAGUACUUCAAAUAACUUGCAAAAAAUUAAGUUAAUAGUUUAUCCACAAAAAGAUUGCAAGGCAGCACAACCAAAAUUGAAAUAUAGCCAUAUCUGCACUUUGACUAAAGAAGGAGGAGCAUGCUACGGAGAUUCUGGUGGACCAUUGGUGGCUAAUAAAUCUCAAAUUGGAAUCGUUUCCUUUGGUACUCCUUGUGCACUUGGAUACCCAGAUAUUUACACAAGAGUUUCCAGUUUCAUACCAUGGAUCAAUAAACAUUUGAAGAAAUAAAAAACAUUAUUUAAUUUGUUUUAUAAUAUUAUUUAAUACAACAUCUUA